CCCAAUGACGAAGAAAAGAACAAGACCUCAAACCAAGUGCUCCAAAUGUUGAGAGAAAAUGGGGUUUCAACAGAAGGCUUAGAGGAAAAGAGUCACGCGUUUUGGGAUACACAGGUGCGUUCCGUUUAACGACCUACAUAAUUUGUCUACAGUAGAAAGCGCAUAAUUCCGUCCCUCAAAAGUUUUGUCAUACCCCAUGCUUUGUUCCUCCUACCGAUCGAAUAUUCAGCCCAUGGCGCAAGGAGACCAAGCAAGCCUCCCAGAAGGUCCGAUUGUACCGGACAAAACCAUAGACGAGAUCCGUGCGGAACCGUACAAAAUGCCCUCUGGAUUCGAAUGGAGCACUUUGGACAUAAUGGAUGCCGAGCAGCGCGAAGAACUUUACGAUUUGCUGGCCAAAAAUUACGUAGAAGACGACGACUGUAUGUUCCGCUUUGAUUAUUCCAAAGAAUUUCUCGAGUGGGCACUGACCCCUCCGGGAUAUUCCAAUGAUCUUUUGCUGGGAGUGCGUGCCAGUUCUAGCAAAAAACUUGUGGCCUUCAUAUCGGCUGUUCCGGCUAAUGUGAAAGUGCAGUCGAAGUCGAAUCUGGAUGUUGUCGAAAUCAAUUUUUUGUGCGUUCAUAAAAAGCUCCGAUCCAAGCGAUUAGCACCGGUGUUGAUCAAGGAAAUUACACGCCGGGUCAAUCAAAAGGGUGUCUUCCAGGCUGUUUAUACGGCCGGAGUUGUAUUACCGGUUCCCGUUGCCUCGGCAAGAUACUACCACCGCUCACUGAACCCAAAGAAGCUGGUGAAAGUUGGAUUCUCCCGCAUAAAUCCUCGGAUGACCAUGGCACGAAUGAUAAAAUUGUACAAGGUAGCCGAUGUCCCGAAGCACAAUCUUGUAGAAAUGACGGAAGAUCACGUAGACGGGGUACACAAACUAUUGACGAACUAUUUGGAUUCCAAGUUCAAGUUGCACGUCAAUUUCACCAAAGAAGAAAUAGCUCAUUGGCUGUUGCCCCGGAACGCCGUAGUUAACACUUAUGUAGUGGUGGACGUAGAUGACAACUCAAAGGUUACCGACAUGGUCAGUUUUUAUCACUUGCCAUCGACAAUUCUCAACCAGAACGAAACACUGUAUGCAGCCUAUUCAUUCUACAAUGUUGCUACAUCGAUGAGUUUGACAGAUCUCAUGAAGGAUGCCUUGGUUUUGGCGAAUGCAACGGGUACGGACGUUUUCAAUGCCUUGACUCUGAUGGAAAAUGAGGAAUUUCUAACGGACUUGAAGUUUGGAAUUGGUGACGGAAAUCUGCAGUACUACGUUUACAACUGGUCAUCCCCKAGCAUGAAAGCAAGCGAAGUGGGGUUGGUUCUGCUGUAGAUGCACGAAUUUUGAAAUAUGGGAAUGUGGAGCCCCUGAUAUCCUUUAAUGAUUCACAC